AUGGAAAUAGCCUUCUACAGCAACAAAUGCGCCCUAAAAGAUACCCUGCGCAUUAUUCGCCAUGCCAAGAAUCCCUGUUUAAAGCGCAAGCAGCAACUAACUGAAUAUUCUGAAGGUCUGAUUGGCACCAAUCAAAGCAUUAUUUCCCUGCAUCCUAACAUAUCCCAAGACGAAGUAUCUGAAUUUACUAAACUUGUUGACCAGUGGCACUCCCUCAAUAGCACAGCCACAACUGGCAACAACUACUGCCUUGUCUGUCUCAAAAACUGUCUUGAAAGUCAUACCGAAUCCCUCCCCUCCCAAUCCACCACCAUUGAAGAACCCCAACUCCCUCCAAAAACCCAAGACAUUAAAGACGUAGCCGAUAAGAUGGAACGCCUUCAUGAAAAAGCCCAAUUCAUUGAAGCUGUAGUUACUGUCCAAAAUGAAAGAAUUGACCAGACUUCUUAUGAUACUCAAUUUUCAGCUGAAUACUCCCAAAACCAUUUAGUUGAACUCGAAGAAAUCCUACGCCGCAAGAAACGAAGUCUUCUAAUCAAAAGAUGGCUAGGCGCCCUAUUUGUCUUUAUUUGCUUCCUUUCUUUACUUCUCUUAAGACCAGUUUUUCCCUAA